AUGGCUCCCAACACUGGUGUCGCCUCGGCUGCUGGCCGUUCGAUGGAUCCCUCCAUGCUCCACUCUGGAAAAUGGUGGAACCACGGCCAUAUUGUCAAGCUCAACUUGCUGCUCAUCAUCCCCCUCAUCACCUCGUAUGCCAACGGUUUCGACGGUUCGAUGAUGAACGGUCUCCAGUCGGUCGAGCACUGGAAGUCUUACUUUGGCUAUCCAAAGCCCGAGGAUCUCGGUCUCUUCAACGCCAUCCAGUCCAUUGGUGCCUUCUGCGCCAUUCCCAUCUCGCCAUACAUCUCUGAUGGUCUUGGUCGCAAGAACGGUAUUGCCAUUGGUGCCGCCAUUGUCCUCGUCGGUGCUAUCCUCCAAACGGCUACCCAGAACCUUGGCAUGUUCGUCGGUUCCCGUUUCCUCGUCGGUUUCGGAACCACCUUUGCCCAGAUGGCUUCUCCUCUUCUCAUCUCCGAGGUUGCCUACCCAACUCACCGUGCUCCCCUCACCUCGCUCUACAACACCCUCUGGUUCUCUGGCUCCAUCGUUGCCGCCUGGUCGACUUUCGGUACCUUCCGCAUCAACAGUGACUGGUCCUGGCGUAUUCCCUCGGCUCUCCAGGGUCUCUCGUCGAUCAUCCAGCUCCUCUUCGUCUGGUUCCUUCCCGAGUCUCCUCGUUGGUUGAUCAAUCGCGGUCGUGAUGAAGAGGCCAAGGCCAUCCUUGCCCGCUUCCACGCCGAUGGUGAUGCGUCGCACCCACUCGUCUCGUUUGAGUACAACGAAAUCAAGGAGGCCCUCGCUCUCGAAUCCGAGGCUGCUCGCGUCUCUUGGCUCGAUCUCUUCCGCACCCCCGGUAACCGUCGCCGCAUGAGGAUCAUCAUCGGUAUCGGUGUCUUCUCCCAGUGGUCCGGAAACGGUCUCAUCUCCUACUACCUCACCAAGGUCCUCGACGGUAUUGGAAUCACGAGCUCUAACGACCAGACUCUUCUUAACGGUAUCCUCGCCAUCUACAACUUUAUCAUUGCCAUCUCUGCCUCCAUGUCCGUCGAGAAGGUUGGACGUCGCCCACUCUUCAUCAUCUCGACCGCUGGUAUGCUUGUCGCCUACGCUAUCAUCACUGCCAUGUCCGGAACGUACGAGAAGACCAAGAACGCUGAUGCUGGACGUACCCUCCUCGCAUUCGUCUUCAUCUUCAACGGUUUCUACGCCAUCGCCUAUACUCCUCUCCUCGUCUCGUACACUGUCGAAAUUCUUCCUUUCCUCAUUCGUGCCAAGGGUCUCGCUGCGAUGAACUUCUCCGUCAUGGGUGCCAUCAUCUUCAACCAGUACACCAACCCCAUCGCCCUCGACGCUCUCAAGUGGAAGUACUACCUCAUCUACACGAUCUGGCUCGUGUUCGAGUUGGUCUACGUCUGGCUCUGGGCCACCGAGACCAAGGGUCGUUCGCUCGAGGAGACUGCAGCCCUGUUCGAUGGUGAGGAUGCCGUCGCAGAGCUUGCCAACCGCACUGGCCACGAUAUGGCCGAGUCUCGCGGUGUCAAGCGCGCUGGCUCGGAUUCGCAGGACGAGAAGCUCAACAUUGAGCACUCUCACCGCGAGGUUGCCUGA